AUGGCGGAGAUCAGCAAACACAUGUUCGAGAGUACGUGCCGGGACCUUCACUGCAGUGAGAUUUUACAUCCAUGGGACAGAAGCUGCUGGUCAUCAUCAAUACAGACAUACAAAGAUUCGUUUAUUGGUAGCGCUCGGUUUUACGCUGUUAUACACUUGGUUCAAAAUGCUAUACGCGGAAAAAAGGUUCUGGAAAAGAAUGAGCUGAUAAAGGCUGGAGAGUAUUAUAUUAGGUCAACUAUUUUAGGGGCUCUCAUCAGUGGAACAUGUGUAUCACUUAGCUGCUUUCUUAGAUUUCUAAUAGGAAGAAAGAUAAACUACUACACAUAUCUGAUGAUUCCUAACAUGAUAAACGGGGUAUUUAUUCUUCUAGAACCUCCAUCAAGAAGAGGAUUAAUUAUCAAUUUAUUUAGUAAUUUAGUUAUAGAGUACUGGCUACGAAGCCUUCAGCGUUCUGGAUACAUAUCACUCGGUACAUCUAAACAAAUGCUUCUCUUCUCCUUGGGUAGUGCUCUCCUCUUCUAUCUCAUGCGUUUGGAAGGAGAAAAGAAGAAUCGAACACCGUUACUUUGGUUAUUUACACCUGAAAAAGUAAGAAGAAAAACAGAUGAUACAAAUAAUGUUUGUCCACACGACGGUCCGUGUUUGCAAUAUAUAUUUAAGGGAUCAGCGAAAUACUUCUCAGCCGGACUAGCGUUUACCUUUGCAAAAACAAUUCUGCCGAAACUUCGGACGCCAUUGAAAGCUCUGUCGAGCAUUCGGGGCAGGCACUUUAGCAUGGCCUUAUUCUUCGGCAGCUAUAUCGGUAUUUAUAGAGCUGUAAUCUGCUUCUUAUGCCGUAAGCGAGGUUAUGAUUCAGCAUUGUACGCGUUACCUGCCGGUUACGCAGCCGGCCUUUCGUUCCUCUUUAAACCAAACCUUGGUUUUGCAAUUGCAGCUCUGACAGGCGCUUUUAAGAUAUACUCAACGACGUUAUAUGAAAAGAAAAUUCUACCGGAAAAGUUACAGUUGCCCCUCAUCAUGUACUGUAUUUGUCAAGGAAUACUUUUUCAUACGCGUUUCAUGCACCCGGAUGUGUGUCCGUCCUACGUGUUUAAUCUAAUGAAGAGUGUUACUAACGGACGAUCUGAUAAAAUUUACAAACGACUACUAGAAAUAUUGAAAAUAGCUUCGGUGUGA